AUAAGCCGCACUCUGCAUAUUCAGCUGGUACCUUGCUUUCAGUUGCCUUACGGUAGACCCUCGUGUACCCCCCCAGCAAGGCAAGGCACCGCUUCUCAGACGAACAAAAACAAUCUCCCAUCCCAUUCAGCUUCAAACAAACAAAACAACAACGACAAUAACAAGCCGUCCUUCCCCGUUCCUCAACACCGAUGCGCUCACCUCUCAAUUGAACAUCUACAUACUCGUUACGAAGCCACCAACAAAAGGGAAAACAGGAGCACAAAAAGACACACACACUCUCUCUCUCUCUUUCUUGCUUUCUCUCCUCAUCAUCAACAAUGGGCUCCUCCAGCCUCCUCGACUCGUUUGGCGACGCCGUCAGCCAAAGCGGCCGCUCCUCCCGUCACCACCAGGCGACCGGCACCCGCCGCCACAAGAAGCGCCGCUCACACUCCCCCUCGACCUCGCGAUCGCGCUCUCGAGACCGGUCCCGCGACCGGGAACGUGAUCGGGAUCGCUCCAGGUCUCGCUCCCGCACCCGCGGCUUCUUUGGCGGCGGCGAGGGCGGCAGCGGCCAUCGCAGGAGCACCGGCUCCAGAGGUUCGUUCUUUGGCGUGGGCGGCGGCAACCACAGCCGCUCCAGCUUCUUUGGAAACAGCCGCCCGUCGUACUACAAACGCUCCCCCCGCGAGGGCUUCGUCCAGCGCUGCAUCAAGCAGCUCAAGCGCCUCCUCCGCGACCUGCAGCACUACGCCAAGCGCCACCCCUGGAAGGUCUUCUUCCUCGUCAUCCUGCCCCUCGUCACCGGCGGCGCCCUGACCGCCCUGCUCGCCCGCUUCGGCCUGCGCAUCCCGCCUGCCCUCGAGCGCAUGCUCAGCGUCGCCAAGCGCGCCGCCACCGGCGACCCCUUUAGCGCCGUGGGCGACGCCGUGCGCAUGGCGGGCGAGUACGGGCACCACGGGCAAGGCAGCUUGAACCCCAGCGCUUAUGCUGCUUAUGCUGGCGGCGCCGGUGGUUCUGCGAUUGCGAAUGGCGGCCAUGCGUAUGCUUCUUCUGCUUCUCGCAGCGGAGCGACGCGCGUGGAGCGAAGACGGAGCGGUGAUGUCCGGUGGGAGCGUAGGGCUACCACGUAUUACGACGAGAGGGACCGCGAGGGCGGCUUCAUGGAUGGCAUUCGCAAGGGAGUGUCCAAGAUGUUUUCAUGA